GCGGGUCGGGGCGAGGGGGAGCCCUCCCCUUCCCUUCCCGAGCGAGCCGGAGCCGGGGAAGGCGCCCUCCGCAACUCCUCGUGCCCCGCCGGUGCCGCCCGCCGCCCGCAGCAUGAUCUGGAAAACUCUCCCGCUGCUCUGCGCCCUGCUGGCCGCCGCCCGCCUGCGAGCCGAGGAAGAGCCAAGGAGCAAAUCCAAGAUCUGUGCCAAUGUUUUCUGUGGAGCUGGUCGGGAGUGUGCAGUGACUGAGAAGGGAGAGCCAACCUGCCUCUGCAUUGAGCAAUGCAAACCUCACAAGAGGCCUGUGUGCGGCAGCAAUGGCAAGACAUACCUGAACCACUGUGAGCUGCACCGUGAUGCCUGUCUCACUGGCUCCAAGAUCCAGGUGGAUUACGAUGGCCACUGCAAAGAGAAGAAGUCUGAGAAUCCAGCUGCAAGCCCAGUUGUCUGCUACCAGUCGGACAGGGACGAGCUUCGUCGCCGCGUCAUCCAGUGGCUGGAAGCUGAGAUUAUCCCAGACGGGUGGUUCUCCAAGGGCAGUAAUUACAGCGAAGUCCUGGACAAAUAUUUCAAGAGCUUUGAUGAUGGUGAUUCUCGUUUGGACUCCACUGAAUUCCUGAAGUUUGUGGAGCAGAAUGAGACUGCUGUCAACAUCACCACCUACAUGGACCAGGAGACCAACAAGUUGCUCAGGGGACUCUGCGUAGAUGCCCUCAUCGAGCUGUCAGAUGAAAAUGCUGACUGGAAGCUCAGCUUCAAUGAAUUUCUCAAGUGCCUCAGCCCAUCGUUCAAUCCACCAGAGAAAAAGUGUGCCCUGGAAGAUGAAACCUAUGAGGACGGAGCAGAGACCCAGGUGGAGUGCAACCGCUGCGUCUGUGCCUGUGGGAACUGGGUGUGCACUGCCAUGACGUGCGAGGGGAGGAAUGAGAAGGGCCCUGCUCAGAGACACCGACCUGAUCAAGAUCUGACUGAGGAGGAGGUGGCUAGAUACAUUCAAGAACUGCAGAAGCACCAGGAGACGGCUGAGAAGACCAAGAGAAUGAGCACCAAGGAGAUGUAAGGGGCCUCCACACCGGAGGAGCCCAGGAGGAUGGGCCCAUCCUGACACCCUGUCCUCCAGUGCUGAUCUCAGUAUGCACAAGUGUCUACUACAGUUGCCCAGUCACAGAUAUUUACAUGUAUAGCGAUGGGUUGUUUGUUUUGUAAUACACAGAGAAUGGGGCCAGGAAAGGGGAGCAGAGCCCACCUGUUCAGGGAGCUUCAUUGCUGGGACCUUGGAAGGCUGGGAGGGACUCACAGCAGCCUCUGUGAUCCUUCCCCAGAGCAGACAGCUGCUCCCUCCAAGAACUAACAGGGAUUUCUUGUUCUCCUGGAUCUGGGGAAAGGACGGAGGUCAGUGCUGGACAGAAAAAGGGGCCUUCGAUCAAUACCAUUGUCAGCACCAGCCUUGGCUGCAGAAAUACAGGCCUGGCAGUUCUGUGGCUGAGCACAUGUGCUGCAGGGCAUCAUUAGCCAAGGAUCUUACCCUUUGGUUCAAGCUCCUCAAAGCUGCUCAGCCUGGUGUGACACCUGGAAGUCAUGGUGCCAUGCUGCUGGCAUGAGUCCAGCACAUUCCUCCUUGCUUUCUACCAGACUGUCCCCAGUAGCUCCUCCAGUACAUCGUGGGCUCCAACACAAUAUGGUUCCUUUUGACCUCAUCUCACUCUUGCUCUCCCUGUCCCCUCCUUAGAGGUGCUAUCUUAAUUUUUUCUUAUCACAUUCACAUGCUGACUCCCCCUUUUUGUUUCAUUUUGGGUUUUUUAUUAUUUUGUUUCCUAUGGUAGUAAUUCUGCUUUUGUAUGUUUUGUAGCUCUAGAUGUUUCAAGAAAACCCAGCGUGUGGGUUUUUGUUACUGACAGUGCAAUGCCCAUGCACAGUUUGUAUCGCACUGCGCUCGGCCGCCACAAACACCACGAGCAACUUGUGAGCCUUGCACUACAGGGUGUUCCCCAACUGGGGAUAGCAAUGUCCCUCAUGGGAAGAAGAGACAGAGCUGGAUGUAAUUAGUUUCACCAGACAUGGAUGGACGCUGCAGCUCUCUAGCUCUCACUCCCUUAGCUAGCAUUGACCAUGUGUUCAAAGUCUGCUCAUGCCUCUCUAAGUUGCCCAGAGGGAAUUGCAAACAGUCUAGAGACAGAGGAACCAGGCAAUCCCAUCAGCAGAGUAUCUUAAAAGGCUUAACUACAUAGAAAACUGCUUAGUUGUGCUGUCAGCCGUCAUCUGGGGCUUUUUAUCUUCCUCUGGGGUGAGGCAGCAGCAUUAUUCUUUUAUUCCAGGUAUGAGUUUGAAGUCAGGGCUGGAAGCCUCAUUACUGACGCAUUUCACAGUGUCGUUGAUCAGACCAUCUUUGACCACUCUCACAUCCCUUCAUGGGUUAGUGUCAUCUGACCCAUUUCUCAGAGCAUUGGUCCUAGAUAUAAAUGAAAUGGUGUUUUGUUGAUCAUCACCUCUGUAGCUUCAAGCCUGGCUGAUUUUUCCAUUGUCAAAUGUAGUUCAUACACACCCGAACAUCCACAUUCCCUUCAUGCCCCUGCUGUGCUUCCCAAGCAGUUGCAUGUACUCUGAGAUGACUGCUUGUGACUUCCAUCCUUCUGUUUGUGAGCAACUUCAGCAGUUGUCGCUGGGUGACUUGCAGUCCCUGGUGCUUACUCCAACAGAACUCCACUUGCAUCUGCAAAACCAUGUCCUACCUGAGUGAAGAGCAGCAGGACUUUUGUCCCAACCUUCUCCUUUUUGCACGGUGCUUUCCUUGGAGAAGAAUGAGCCGGUACCUAGAAGUAUAGGAAAAGAAGAAAGCUUGGUCCCUCCUGUGCUCUUUCCCAUGAGCCAGAUGUGUUAAAGGCUGUCUGGUCUUUGAGCUCUUUUCCUGAUGUGAACCCAGAGGACUUCCAUUGACUUUGGCAUAGUGCCACUUCUCCGGUGUGAACCAUAAUGUACCCUGCUAUGGAGUUUCUGGCAUCAUAAAUGCAGAAGGAAGCUGGGGGUUUUUUUCUCAUGAGGGCCUGGAUUUGCCUUUGAUCUGUCACCUGUGCAGCUGAGGGGAAUGAGUCCAUAGGAACUGAGGGUAAUGUGGGCAAUGCUACACUGGGAUGAAGUCACUCUUUGUGUUCUGGUGGCACUGGAAGAAGUGCUUGGUGAAAUAGGAGCACCCAUUAGACAUAGCCUUGCUCCUUCCCAACAGUAUGAGUGAAAGGGCUUUAUGUGCUGGAUCUGGAGUCAGAGGAAUAUUGUUAAUAAAUGUUUUGCCUUAUUCCGACCCUGCUCUAAAAGUUAGUGCCUCCCAGCUCACUUCCUUCCAGCUCGUAUCGUUAAAGUGCCUUAGAGAAAACACAACAGCUUGCCUUAAGGGCUUUCCAUGGAUGGUGAUAACAUCUUGUUCAGUCAGGAAUAUUUCCAACUCUAAGAACCAGAGCAUGCACAGGAAGGGAAGGUGAAUCCACAGCUUAAGGGCUUCUGUAGGCUGCACAAUGUGAUAUGUUCUCUAGUCCCCUUCCUGUCUGCUGUGAAUGUGCAGUUUAAACAAGGGUGGCUUCUGGGCGUAGAAGGAGAGGUGUGUGCUGGUGGUUGAGGUUUACAGAGCUUGCUCUUGCACUGAAGGUGGAGGGAUGGGCUGCAGACUCCAGCAAGGUAAGCUGAGCUCUCUGAGAAGCCAUACAACAGACCCUAGGGUGGCCUGGGGCCACAGGGUGGGAGUGCAGCAGUUAUGCCUCCACGGAAAGGGCUACCGCCUGUGGAGUCUUUCCCUCCUUCUCGUGCACCCAAAGGGACGUGCAGCUGUGGAAAGCGAUGCCCAUUCUAAGGGCUACAGUUCCCAAAGGGGACUGAAACAUCUCACCUCCCUGCACACAGGGGAAGGGCAGCCCAGACUGAGCCAUGCCCAGACUGUACCUUGCUGCAGGCUGGUCGGUUGCUAACUCCUGCAGGGUGAUGUGGCUGCUGGGGAAGAAAGUGCUGAACUUCAGCCAUCGCCCUCUGGGACAACUGCUGUACAGACUACAAGGGGCAGGGAAGGCAUUUUUUUUUUCCAAAAAGCCAAAUUUAAGCAACCAACAAAAAAGUCCCACUCCUCCCUCUAUAGUCCCUCCUGUACGUGUGUGAAAUUUAUCAGUAUUCUGUAGGUUUCCUUAGUGCACUUAUUUUACUUGAUUUUGUAAUUUUUUUGAAGCAGGGGGGUUUGGAUAUUACUGCCAAAUAAAUGAAACAAAAUUUAAAAAGUAA